AUGCCUAUGUCAGUUAGAGACACAAAGGCGUAUAGGGACGACGAGCAACAGGACCACCAUCUUCUUACCGAGGCUCAGCGACAGGCCAUCUUCAAGGCUUCGCUUCCCUCCCCAAACGAUGGGCCGGCCGCCGUGAACAGCAAGGCCUUGCAGGCACAGCGCAGAUCCCGGCUCGGAGUUAGACGCUUCCUAAAAAACCAACUCUUCGUCUUCGUUUUCGCCGUCAUGCAUGGCAUCUUCUCCCUAUAUAUCAAGUCACGGCAGACAUGGCACGGUGUGGCCUACCAGAUCUCGUCCAUUCUCUACUACCACCACGCUACGCCACAAUACAUCCGACGGGACAUCACGGGGCUGACCAAGAAGCCAAAGCAUCUCAGCGCAAUUUUGAAGACGGAGGUCAACCACAGGGCAAAGAACGAUAUUGAUCGGCUGAUUGAGGAAACCGCCGAGCUUGCGACGUGGUGUGCUUGUGCGGAGAUUCCCAUGCUAUCGAUAUACGAGAAAUCAGGGGUCUUGAAGAAACACAUGCCUCGGGUAUACGAAGCCGUCAUACAAAAGUUCACCUUCUACUUCGGCACUGAACACCCGACGCUCUCCGUGACUUCCCCCCACAAGGAUGAUUUCCCUACGCGAAUGCUCGAAGAGAGCAGGAACGGCCAUUUACAGCUUCACCUGAUCUCUUACCAGGAUGGAAGAGAGUCCAUCGUUGACCUCACCAGAACCCUUGCCGAUAUGUCGCAACGGGGUAAGAUUUCCCCACGGGACAUUUCUCAGGAGCUCGUCGAUGCCGAGCUAUCGGAGGGUAUCUUCCCGGAACCGGACUUGUUGAUUCUUUUUACCCCCUAUGUCGAGCUGUCGGGCUACCCUCCGUGGCAAAUUCGGUUGACUGAGAUUUUCUGCCUGCAAGACAACGAGACGUUUGGCUACCAGGUGUUCCUAAAGGCCCUGAGGAACUUUGCUUCCGCGCAGAUGCGACGUGGCAAAUAA